AUGAUAAGAGGACUGAACCCAGUUUGGCAAGCCGUCAUUGCUGGCUGCUUCACAUGGGGUGUGACGGCACUCGGUGCUUCCUUGGUGUUCAUCAUGAAACACCAGAAUCGAAAACUGCUUGACCUUAGCCUGGGUUUCGCUGCUGGUGUGAUGAUAGCGGCAUCGUUUUGGUCUCUGUUAGCCCCUGCAAUUGAAAUAUCGGAAAAUACUAUGGGAUCUUUGGCAUUUCUGCCUGUGGCUGUUGGAUUUGCAGUUGGAGCAGCCUUUGUACACUUCGCAGACCGUAUGCUACCCACUUGCGUUAUGAGAGAUACGGCGGUGAUGAGUUAUGUGACACCAGCGAAGACGGAGACGCAGCUAUCAUUGGUAUCCUCUGCCAAUGGCUCAGAAAAUUCGGCAGCUCCACGGUACGACCAGGUUACCACCAUGAUUUCCGGUUUGCGCCACCGUGCUUCGAAAAAUAGAGCUGGUCUAAACGUCCAAGAAACCGGCGGAGAAAUAGAGUCUUUUACUCGAGAAAAAGAAACAAAAGGUUUGGACGAGGAGGAAUUUCGUUCAUCGUGGAGGCGGAUAAUGCUUCUGAUCCUCGCCGUCACCGUUCAUAACAUUCCCGAAGGACUAGCAGUCGGAGUAGGAUUUGGGUCAGUGGGAAAGGCUGAAGCAGCGAAAUUUGAAACUGCUUUCAACUUAGCGAUUGGAAUCGGGCUUCAGAAUUUCCCUGAAGGAUUGGCCGUCUCAUUGCCACUUGCUGCGUUCGGUUAUUCGAAAUUAAAGGCGUUCUGGUACGGCCAGCUAUCCGGAAUGGUGGAGCCUAUUUCGGCAGUGUUAGGGGCAGCAGCCAUAAUAAUGAUGGAGCCAAUACUACCGUAUGCGCUAGCUUUUGCUGCUGGAGCUAUGAUCUAUGUUGUGAUCGACGACAUAAUCCCUGAAGCUCAAAGGAGCGGGAACGGCAAGCUGGCUUCUGUUGCAUGCAUGAUAGGUUUUUUGAUAAUGAUGUCCAUGGACAGAUCUCAGCCUUCGAGGGCAAUGUAUCUGACGAAAGUUAUCCGUUUACCACGAAAGCCAUUCGUUGAAUUAGACUAUGCUCGGCAUAUGCCAAAGGAAUAUGUUCAAAGAAUGAAAAGGACCGUACCAAAGAAGGUGUAUGGUGGAAGGUUCGGCGCUCCUGACAUUACACGUUGGGUGAUACAUCCUGACGACUAUGUGCCAAGCUAUGAGCGACCGUGGACUAACGAGGAGUUGACGAAAUCCAUCAAGAGAGCGGAUAAAUACCAUGAGAAGAUGCUCUCUUCUAAAUUCUUCGAAUUACGUCGCACUAAGAUACGACGCAUGCCAGACGAACAGUGGACAUUUUUCCCUGGAGACAUUGUACAAGUAAUGGUGGGGAAGGACAAAGGCCGACAAGGUGCAGUGAUGUCAGUGUCUCGGGAAACAAAUGAAAUCUUGGUUGAAGGCUUGCAUUGUAAGCUGGAAGCGGAAGGAAUGGAGAAAAUUGGUAUAGACGAGAUCCUUAGGUGGAAGGAGCAACCACUGAAUGUAGAGAAAGAACACGUCAAGUUGGUAGAUCCCAAUGACAACGAGCCGUGUGAUGCAAAGUGGACGCUUAAUACUGCAGGAGACGAAUACAUACGCGUCUCUCUACGCUCUGGCUUCGAAAUUCCUAUUCCUAGCCAGGCUUACGUGACGUACGAGUAUCUUCAACCCGAGAAGUACAUUGAAGUGGAAGAUAAGGACACGCCAUAUUCUGUCGUAUUGGAACGAACGUAUGUUCCAAAGCUUGCUUCUUUUGAGGAUGAAAUUUGCGCAGAGAUGGGUAUAAAAGAUUUACGGAAAAAAAAACCAACAUAUUGGUAUUAA